AUGUUGGGCGUGUCACUGGACAGCUGGGCUUGUGUUGGAGGUAGACAUGGAGGGAGGGAGAGAGGGGAGAAAAAGAGUAUUUAUGCAGGUGCAGAUCUGAUGAUAUGUACUUACAGCGAUGGCUUUCUACAAAGUGAUCUGUGUGGCGACUCUGCUGACUCUCCUGACACAAGAGUCUCACUCACAACUGAAUGUGUGUGGUCUGCCAACACUCAACACCAGGAUUGUCGGAGGAGAUGUGGCCCUGCAGGCAGCUGGCCCUGGCAGGCCAGUCUGCGAACCUCAGAGCCCCACAUCUGUGGAGGAUCCCUCAUUAACAAUCAGUGGGUGCUGACUGCUGCUCAAUGCUGCACCAGACAAGGCGUAGGCACGAGAACUCUGACUGUGGUUCUGGGUCUCCAGAGUCUACAGGGAACAAACCCCAAUCAAGUGUCUCGGGCAGUAUCACAGAUCAUCAUUCAUCCCAACUUUAACCCUGGAACUUUUGAAAACGACAUCUGCCUCCUGAAGCUCUCCUCACCGGUGGGUUUCAACGCCUACGUCCAGCCCGUCUGCCUGGCAGCCACAGGCAGCACCUUCUACAAGGGCACUGUCUCCUGGGCCACCGGCUGGGGCAAUGUUGGAACUGGAGGUGGGUCAGAAAACCUGGAUUACAUUUAUUUUCAGAGAUAGUGUAAAUACAGUGGU